GUUCAGUUUAGAUUCGGUCGCCGUAGCAAAAUGAGUAGCAAAAAUCUUAUAGAUCUCUGCGACGACAGUCUCUAUUAUAUUUUUGAUUUUUUACCCACCGAAGAUCGGAUUAGUCUCGCGCAAGUAUCCCAAAGAUUUCGAAAUGUUUUUGUCGAUAAGUACGGAAGCAAGUACAGUGAAUACACCCUAAUUGCGGCAAGUCCACGUCAGGAGCUAAUACAGUUCUGCAUCUGUUGCAAAAUGGUGAAAUCCCUAACCAUCGAUCUGGAUCAUUUCGAUACGAACAAAUAUUUUAGAAACUAUGGUUUCAUAGCACCGAAAAACAGUUUUCAAAUCCUGUGCCAUUCUUUGGCGGGAAUGGUUCGGUUGGAGCAUUUAUCGAUAAAACAACUGAAAGAUCUUGUCACACCGAUCAAAAGAUUGUUUUACCAAAUUCUAGAUCCCAUCAGACAACUGUCGGACCUGAAAAGUCUGCAGAUCGUAGCAAGAGAUGAUUGUGUUCUGAACCACUUGUCACAACUCCAAUACCUAGAAAGCCUGACCCUUUUAGUUCCCAAAGUCCCUGUUGCAACUUUGGUCAAGUGCUGCAAGUACAACACCAACCUCAAGGUUCUGCAUCUCGGAUACUCAUGUGUCCAGGGGAGCAUAGGAGACAUUGUGCCACACUGUAAGGAACUAGAAGUUCUCAAGUUUGGCAUGACAGCAGAAGCCUCGACCUACAAGCCACUGGCCAGACUUCCCAGGCUCCGAGAACUCUACCACUUUGGUAUCCGCAGGAGUGGCUCCUUUGAGCCGCUUCUCUCCGAUCUGGCCACACAUUCGCAGCUGACCCAUCUCUCCAUUGACGGAGGAAGUCUCACUCUCUCAGAAGCCAGUCAGCUACCCCGAAUCCGGAGUUUGACCCACCUGAAGUGCUUUUUCUUUACCACCGAGUCCUUGGAGCUAAUAGCCGAUCUUGUCAAUCUGGAGGAGCUUUGCGUGUGGAUGUCCUGUGCCGUGGACGUAACCAAUAGCCUUCUGAAAAUCAUUGCAAGCUGCAAAAAUCUGAAGCUUCUUCGAUUGGCGGCAGGAAAAGUCCAGCCUAACUUUUUUCAAGAAGCCAUAGUCUUAAUAAAAAAGGAGAAAGGAGCUGAAACACUGCAUCCCAUAUUGAAAUUGGAAGUUCCAAAUUAUAUUAACAAGCAAGAUAUUACUCAAGAGGCUUGCAAUAAUUUAUAUUAUCCAUUUCCAAUCGGGAGAGAACUAAUCAAGUGGAAUACCUUCAAUAAUGAUUGAUCUAUUCUUGUUGUUAAGUUAACGAAGAUCUCAAUGGAUUUAGAUUAGAAAUAAUUUGAAAUAAUGUAUUAUAAUAAAAGUUAAACCUAUAUUUAGAAGAGAGA